UGAAAAACCGUUUUGGCAUUUAUGCACUUUUUGUUUCGCCAUCUUAUAUAAAUAGGUGCUUAUCCAAAAGAACUCAUUUUAUUGUGGUUGGUGGAUGUGGUAUCAAGUGUUACAAGCAUGGAAAGUUCUUUGAUUAAUACGUUACUUGUUACGUCACUUUUGAUGUUGUCUGUGAAUGCAAGAGGAACCGUAAAGCGAGAUGUAGAUAAAGUUUGCCCUGGUGGAAGCUCUGGAGUCUAUCCAAGAUGCGAAUGUGCAAAUGGUUCUCAAUACAACGAAGUGCAUAACGAAUGCCCACCAAAAUCGUUAGAAUCAUUAGCUGGUUCCUGUCCCUCCGAUAGCACAGGUGUAUUUCCAAAUUGCGCCUGUCGAUUGGGGAAAGUUUAUGAUCAUGAGCAUUCUAUUUGUUUGGAUAUUGAUCGUACAAAGUGUCCGAAAAGAAGUGUUGGCAGUCCACCUCAUUGCAAGUGUGAAGAAGGCUAUAAACUUGACAAUAUCCAUUGGUACUGUCGUGCUUGGUAUUUGGAUGAAGACCACCGCUUCAACGAUGGACCAAUACAACAAUGCCCAGUUUUCCAUCUAUGGGAUGGAUCCAAAUGCGAACCAAUUCGUUGUCCAAAUAAUCGAGAACUGCUUUUCCCACAUUGUGUGGAUACUCCCGUCGAUCAUAAUCCGACGUCAUGUCCCCCUGGCCAAAACUAUACUAUUGAAAAACCAUAUUGCCAUUGCCCACUCGAUCAAGAUUACACUUUCCCGAUUUGUCAUGAACGGUGUCCUGCAAACACAUAUUUUGAUUUGAAAUCUAAAUCAUGUGGAAAGAGACCUUGCCCGCCUGGAUGGAUCGGCGAUUAUUAUCCACAUUGCAGUGUGAAAAAUUAUCAAAAAUGCCCAGACGAAUUUCCCGGCCAAUGGCCAAACUGCAAUAUUUACGAUGAAGGACCACGUCUCGAAGAUCGCAAAAGAAAAGUUAACUAUGUCUGAGGAAAAUAUAAAUAAAUACCUACUGAUAUCCACACUUUAACAUGUAUGCAACAGCGGUUUUGUAAUCAAAAAUAAACAGAAUUUUUCAGGAAAUAA